GCAUUUCGACUUGAGAAACGUCACGCAAAUUCUCAAUGCAUAACCAUGAGUAGUGCCAAAAAAGACAGCUCUCUUUCCCAGUCAAAUAACACAUCCGGCUCCUAUGAGACGCUGACCUUCAGUGCAAAGGAGGACGUUCCGCCAAUUAUACUUGGAGUAUUGAUUGUUCUUGUCAAUGGACUGGUAUUAAUCCUGGUAUUAAAGAAAAAACACUUGAGAACUAUUACAAACCUGUUGCUAUGUAGCCUGGCCCUUUCUGACCUUAUGACAGGAUUGGCGAGCAUACCGCUGUUCAUGGCGUGCAGUAUUUUACACCAAUCAGGGCUUUGCAUUUCUGCCGACCAGAUGCUUCGGUUUACCUCUGUUUCAGCUGUCUGUCACCUUUUAGUUAUCAGUGUGGACAGGUAAAAAACAUUGUCAUUAAAAUUCAACGUUCUAAAUAGAGAAUACUUCAUGGAAAGUGCGUAAAUACCGUACAAAGCACUUUCCAUGUGGUAUUGUGUUUAUUAUAUACAUACUGAGACAUUCAACAUUUUGGCGGCCUUUUUAUUUUAGAUCUUUCAAAAAUGCUAAAAUUUGCCGCUACACACUUACCGCAAAAUGACAACGAAAACGAAGUAUCAGCUAUUUAGUAAAAACGUUUGAUAAAAACAUAAAUCACGGUAACGAUAUGAGGUAAUCCAAGAACUAUAAGUAAUCUUAACUGUUUGUUCUCAAUGCACAAUUGAAAAUGAGUGAAUUUAAGUAAAAUGGCCGGUUUCAAUAUAAGCUUAAGCUUAAAUGAAAGGCAAAGUAGCUCCGACAAAAAGCACAACAAAAGCUUACGUCUCGUUCUGUUUUUCCCUUUCGGCUGUUGUUUCGCCGGCUCUUUACUGUUUUCUUUAUCGACAGUGAAAUAAACGAAACUAUUCCACUCCAUUUCCGAAAUGUUUUUCACUUUUUUAGAGAGAAAAACUCUUUGAGUAAAACUUUUCUCUUUGAAUGUGUGCGAAGCGGCGCUGCAAGCUGCAAAAAAAGGCGGGAAUUUUGGCGCGAAACUCACACACCUCAGUGGCUUCUGAUUGGACGUAUCAUUUUUCUCACACGUGAAAAAACAUCGUUCACGAUGCUGAUUUGACGUAUCAUUUUUUUCUCGUGUGAAAACCAUCGUUCGCUCCUCUGAUUGGCUAGAACUAAUUUGCGUACGAAAAUUUACGACAUAGCUUUUUGGUGAGUAUUUCUCAGUAUGUAUAUAAUAAAGGUCUUUACGUCACAGAUAAGUGCCUACAGACAAUGGUAUGAUCGUACGCAAUAACGAAAAAGUUGUUGUGCUGAAGACUUUCCUCUGCGCAUGUAGGGUUUGAUCUUUCCCUUCGAGGAACAAGAUAUCAGCUCUUCAUUUACUUAAUAAAUUACCAAACAAAACAAGCAUACCGAUGGGAGACGAUAAAACAAGAAUUGCAUCAGCUACCACUGAUAUCUUGAUUUGCCACAAAUGAAUUAUUUUGAGUUACCCGCCAGUUACAAAUCACAACGUAGUGGGCCCAGCCAUGUCCAACAAUAGAGGAGUUCACGCUCACAGUUGCAUCAUGGGUAAUCUAUGCAAGAUGGCGAGAAAUUAGAAGAUUUGUUUUAGAACUCAAAGCCAGCUAUUUUUUCCUGAAUUCAUAUACUUGAUGCUUUCUCUUUGAAAAGAGUAACUUACGAGAUCAAACAAACAGUACACUAAAUCUGGAGUGCAAAAAAGUCCGUGAUCAGUUUUUAGAAACCGGCAAAUUUCCAUACAUUUUAGGUAAUUUUGACACUGUCGAAUUACAGAAUAUGUAUGGGAAAACCAAGGUUUUCUAAAAACUGAUCACGGACUUCUUUGCACUUUAGAGUUAGUGUAUUGUUUCUUUGAACUCGUAAGUUACUUUUUUCAAAGAGAAAGCAUCAAAUAUAAGUCCUCAGGAAGAGAUAUCUGGCUUUGAAUUCUAUUACAAAUCUUCUAAUUUCCCGCCCUCUUGCCCUGAUUACCCAUGAUGCAACUAUGAGCGUGAACUCCACUAUUACGAAUUUGUCUUGAGCCGUAAUUCUGCCUGUGAAAUGACAGAGUGGAAUUCCACGUUUGACACUCCGAAUUCCAUGUAGUGUAUACCAGAUUCUUUUUCAGUUGAACUUGAAAAACGAAUUCCAAUCGUUAGUGUGUUUCCGGAUUCCUUGAGCUGCCGGUAUUCCUGAUUCUAAAGCCCAGGAUUCUGGAUUCCACAACAAAAAACUCCCAGAUUCCGGAAACAGGAUUUCCCAUACGUGCAGCGAAUUAGUGAGUCAAUUUUAAAGCAGUUUUUUUCUUUUACUUCCCAAAGGUCAUCAGUGUCUCUGGCAUCAAGUUCGUGUUCUCUUUUACGUUGUCAUAUGAUUACCUUUCAGAACUUGACUUAUCAUUUUCUUUUUCCUCAGAUAUCUGGCUAUAAUACACUCUUUACGUUACAAGUCAAUUGUAACACUCCUCAGAUACCUUUCUGUUGUGUUAUUCAUCUGGAUUCUGUCAGCUGUAAUAGCCUUGAUUCAACUCAGCUGGAUUGAUCUAGGUAGCCACAACGUCUACGAAGAGGCAACAGCCGAGCUAAUUCGAAAGGAGAUCAUCUACGACUCAGUAUCUCUUGUAAUAUUUUUCUUUACACCACUCGUGUGUAUGGCUUUUGUUUACUCAAAAAUAUUCUUUGAAGUUUCGCGGCAGAUUAAUAACAUACGAAGGGAGAGCUACCCUGGUUGGCAAAAAGUAGAAGAAAUGAAAAACGCGGAAAGAAAAGUUCUCAGCAUUUUCGCCGUCAUGUUAAUGGUCUACACAGUCUGCUGGUUGCCUUACUUCAUACUUCGGUUUAUAUUUAAUGACGGAGAUCUACAUCCCCAUGUGGCACACAUCUCAACCUGGCUUCGAUUUCUAACUUCGUUUCUUAAUCCUUGUUUAUACAUUUUAGGUAAGAAAGACUUUCGGAAAGCCUUAAGCCGGAGAAGAUCAAGAGACAAACGAUGUCAAAUCUUUUUAGCAGAUCCUUUAGAGCGCUCAGGCUGA